AGGCGCCCUGGAACAGAGCUAGCAGAAGGGUAGCUAAAGCAAACUAUUGUCAUUAACUCGUGACCGUAAGCCCGCCCCGUGACAUCGUACUUCAAAACAAGGAUGCAUCUCGACUUUAGAAAUGAAUAGUUUGCCACAAUCAAAGAUCACGUGGAUACGGAAAAGCUGUAUAAUCAGCAUACUUGUCAAGUUCUUAUCUACUCAAAGAUGUUGUCACUUGUUGUCCUGCUGAUCCUGUUUCAACCAGGAGAGGGAGGCACCUCACCUAUCUCCUGUUACAAUGAUCAAGGGGAAGCUGUUGACUGGUUCUAUCUCUACAAACUCCCCCAUGUUGAUCGUGAAUUUCCCAACGAUGGACAGAGUUAUCUACUGAUGGACAAAGGGAGCGAGGGAUGGACGGAUGGAAAAGUGUUGGUGAAUGACAGCACUGGAGCCCUGGGGAGGACAGUGGGCCAGCUGUAUGAGCAGGGGAAGAAUGAAGACAUUGCAUACAUCCUGUACAAUGACCAGAGACCACCCGAGGAGGGAGAAAGAGGAUUUGGUUUCCUUAGUAGCCGAGGUGGCCACACUAAAGGUGUUGUCUUAUUGGACAAGACACAGGGCUACUGGUUGGUCCACAGCACCCCUCAUUUCCCCCCUGUAAAGGAAAGCGGGCAAUAUUCCUACCCAGGUAGUGGUGUACAGAACGGACAGAACUUCAUCUGUGUGACCUACCCACUGGAACGCUUUCAGGCCAUUGGAGAGCAGUUGCAGAUCAACCAGCCCAAUGUGUAUGACUGUGGUGUCCCUGCUUCCUUGGCCUCUCUGGUGCCCGCACUGGCUGACGUCUGUAACAAUAGCCAAGGGCAGAUGGCCUAUAGCAACUUACCGCACACCCAACCAGCAUCCAAUCGCAGCGUGUCUCUCACCUCAUUGGGUGGAACCGAGUUCAUCAGCUUUGCCAAAGGGAGAUCAUUCAAUAAUGAUCUGUACCACUCCUGGGUGGCUCCCUCCCUCCAGUCAGACCUCCUAGUCCAGUUCUGGAUCCGCUCCACUGGCAUCCUACCUUCUGACUGCUCCCUGGGCUGGAAGGUCCUGGACAUCCAGCUUAUCUCCCCAGGCGGGAGGAUCACCUUCAAGGCCUCCAACGACCACUCCAAGUGGGCCGUGAGUACCACUGGAGGUGGGGUGGAUGGAGCUGCUGGCUGGGUGUGUGUGGGCGACAUCAACCGGAACGAGGCUGAGGAGAAGAGAGGGGGCGGGACAGUGUGCCUGCAGGACGCCACGGUGUGGAAGGCCUAUCGGACAGCGGCGCUGGAGUGUGAGAUGUGCGGGGGAGGGACUAGCGGGUGUGAUGUGGACGUAGAGAAUGCAAGGCACUACCAGGGAGAUAUGAAGCAGUAAGCAUCAGUGUAAAGUUACUAGUAUGCACACAGUUCACUGAGCAGCUAGGUGUAUUAGUAUUAUUGAGCUCCAUGAACAAGGUACCCCAUAGAAUGUUGAUUAAUAAGGUACCAGCAUCUAAUUCACUUUUUUUAUGGCAGUUUUGGAGGGUUUCAUAAAUUGCCAUGAAUUGAAACAUAAUUGAAAGGGAAGUGGCACUCCUGUAAUAAUUCAACAAUGAGCACUUUGCUACAUUCUGUGUAGUUCUAUAAGUUGCUAAUGACUGUAGGAAAUGUUGAUUGUGAUCUCAGGUACAUUUUAUAUGCGUCUGUUUUCAACCUUUUUUUUAUGUACAAAUGAUUUUUUUUAAUGAUCGUUAAAGUAUGUAUAAUGUUUUUUCUUUAUUUCUCUUUUACUUUUUAGUCAAAUGUUUGGUGGCGUUUUCAGCUCUUAGCUUGAAACAGGCAAAUAUACUGUCUUCUGUCCCAAUAAAGAAAGUACUGUUGCGGGGUGCACAAAUA